AUGACAUCAGCCGUGUCAAAUCGAACGGGCACGUCGACAUUAUUCUCGUCCAAAGGGUUAAAAAUGGAAAUUCCAAAAAUCGAAGAGUAUCGCGCAAGAGGCCAACGUUUCGUCAAGCCGAUCGUGUACGGCAAUGUGGCUAAGGUGCUCGACUGCCCGGAUGAUGCUGGAAAUACACAUGAAUGGACGCUGUUUAUAUGUCCUUACUACACUGAAGAUUUGUCAUUGAUACUCUCAAAAGUAACGAUCAAACUACCACAAAGUUUCACUGCCUACAAGCGAGUCCUCGAGAAGCCGCCGUACGAAAUAACUGAGAGGGGAAAGGAAGAGCUCCGCUGUAGGAUUCGCUUGCACUUCGUUGAUGAGCUUGAAAAGCCCCUGACCUUCUAUUACCGUCUCAACUUGACCGAGCCACUAGUAAAGCUCGACGAUGGAAGUUUGUGUGUUGUUGACGAACGCUACGAUGAAAUCGUGAGUUCUAAUGAUUCAGCUUUAAUCCUCCAUCUUCUUACGCACAAUAGGAGUCGUCAGUAUACGAAAUUCAGCAAUACCUGCGAAAUCUAUCUUAUCUGUACUUUUAUCUGGUAA